CUCGGAACGCGCACUAUUGGAACAUGAAACGAGAACGACGUCGUAAAAAUUGAGAAAAAUCUGUCGUGCGUUGCUUGAUGAUAAAAAUCGUCAUGACUUUCGUGUCGUUGUUGUAGGAUGAACAAAAACAAUACUUUUACUUAUUGCAUUUAUCGUUAUCACUUGUCGUCCUUGUACCACCUAAAAUAAAAUCCGCAUGGGUGCAAAUAUCUUCGGCUUUUUCAUCCCAAGCUACAGGCUGUACCACAGGCACCCCCUGACGACGACCCUGAGAACAUUUAUAUAUUGCAGCGCAAAAGCAUACGUCGCUCUGCAAUACUUACAACAACCAGAAGUAUUAAAGCACCUGUUUUAUUGCAGCUGCCCCUUCUUUUUUCUGCAGUUUUUCUUUUUUUUAAAAUUCAGCACUCACCCCCCUCUGGAUUCGUUUCUUCCGGCGUCAAGUCCAGGAAGAUGUACUAUUUAGAUUUAUUCGUCUUCUCGUACAACUAGAAUUCCGCUAGAGAAAAAUAACUAUUUUUAUCGGGCGUUUUUUUUUCAGUCACAGUCAGUUGAAUAAAAUAAGAUGAUGUCCUCCACCUCUCGCUUUUUUGACAGUGUAGUUCCUCGCACUCGUCAAAGGAGGAUGCUGAUCCGCCUUCAACUAGUGGUACUCUUUCAUCAUGAUCUUCUUGGACAUAAUUCCUAUGGCCCACGAGGAGCUGAAGAUGGUGUAAUAAAACCUUCAGUCGCUCACGCCUUGUCCUUCACCGUGCAGAGAUCGAGCAAGGAGCACAGAAUGAUCGGUAUUAAAAAGCAAGUAUGCAUUGCAAAAGUAUCGUACUAGUAUCCAUCGAAGACUUACAGGAUCUAACGGAAGCUUUAGUGGCCCAGAAAGCGCACUUUUUCGCGGACGCGAUGAGUUUAGAAUCCCAAAAAGACGUGCAACAGAAAGUCUUAACUAGCGGAAUGGACGAAGAGCAAUAUCCGAUAUCAUUGUUGCAAGCGCGGUGUGCCGGGGUGGCGACAUCAAAACGGAGGACGAAAGGGGCCGCGGGGAGAAAGGUCGCCGGGGGGAAAAAGAUAGUCGCGCAGAAGCAAGGAACAAAGUCAACGUUGCAGCGAAAAAAGAGUGCCGCCGCUGCUGUCCCACUGCCGGUUCCGAAGCCACCGAGCCCCACCAGCUCCAAGCCACCCAGCCCCACAGGCUCCAAGCCCCCCAGUCCCACCACGUCCAAGCCUCCCAGCCCGAGCUCCAGUCCCAGAGGGCAGAAAUGAGGGCCGCAGGAGGUCCUUCACACUACAGUGUCUGACGCGUUGUUAAUUUUCCACGACGGUGUUUAUUUUCGUGUAGAAAAACUUUUUCAAAAAUUCAGGAUUUUUUUGAAAAUCGAGAUCGUAGUCGUUUUUGUGCCUGAUAACAUCCUAAGUUAGUAGUACCAAUCCGAAACCGAAUAUGACGUCGGAAUUGUUUUAUAAGAGUAAACUUCUAUUUGGAUUUUACGAGUAAAGGUCUUGGGAACCCCUCGACUUUGCAUACUCUAAGCACUCACCCCCCCCUCGCCAGAAGUACUCGAUGAAGUUCAUUUCAGAGACUCAUCCUCAACUGGAAAGCGAACAAUUGUAUCUGUGUCGCCAUUCAUCAAAU